CACCGAGUCUCCUUGAUGCCGCUGAUGAAACGGUUCUGUGUCCAAGGAUUUCUCCUCCAUCACUUCCUCAUUUUGAGCAAUGUGUCGUCAGGCAGGGAGGUGUGAGGAGCUCGGCUCUUCACUCCUUCACGCUGCCCAGGAGCCAUGGCGGAGCGCGCACUGAGGAGGAACCGCACCGGGUCCACAGCAGCGGCUCAGACCAGGAAGGAUCCGCGUUAACUUACCUGCAGCACGGCCACAACUAACGUUACUACUGAGGGAACACAAUGGUGACGGCUUCUGAAGUUUUGUCUUGUCACAGAUGGCGGGUUUAACUUUCCACUUACUGCCAUUUUCCUAAUGUCGACGGGAUCAUAGCGACGCAGAGUUUGUUCUGCUUUUAAUUCUUCCAGUCCUGUAAAGCCAUCUGCCCCAGACGUAAAUCUGGCGCACUGUCCCGCAGUGGCUCAUAGAGCGCCUCUUUAAUAUUUCACAGCCGACUCAGUGGAGGUUAACAUGGGGGCAAAGCAGAGCAGCCCGACUGCUAACCCCGCUGCUAACGGACGGACCAGAGCCUACUCCGGCUCGGACCUGCCCUCCAGCACCUCCAGCAGCAACGGCAGCAACGUUAGCGCCAGCAGGACUACUGCCGGGGGUGUGCGGUACCACGCGCACGGCGGGUCCCGAGCCUCCGGAGCCACGUCCAGCACCAGCCAGCAUCUCGGAGCCAGGGCCAGGUCUGUGGGGGGCUCCGGAGGCUCCGUGGCCAGACCUCAGUCCGGCAUCAACAUUCCGAACAGCAGCGGAGCCUACAGCUCCCAGGAGUCCGGAGGCAGCAGCCCGGAGGAGGCGGCGGACAGGCAGCGCUCAGGCGGGGGGCACGAAGGUCGCCGGCUGCUGAUAGGAUCACUACCGGCACACCUCUCACCUCAUCUGUUCGGAGGCUUCAAGUGCCCUGUGUGCUCCAAGUUUGUGUCCUCAGAUGAGAUGGAUCUUCACCUGGUCCUGUGCUUAACCAAACCCAGAGUGACAUAUAAUGAGGAUGUCCUGACCAAGGAUGCAGGAGAAUGUGCAAUCUGCCUGGAGGAGCUGGUGCAGGGAGACACCAUUGCUCGCCUGCCCUGCCUCUGCAUCUACCAUAAAGGCUGUAUCGAUGAGUGGUUUGAAGUGAACAGAUCAUGUCCGGAGCAUCCAUCAGAUUGAAGCUUUAUUUUGCACAGGUACUUUACAAUGAGAGGGAUCUACAAAAUGACGUGUGGAUCCAGGGAGACUGCUGGACACUGUGAUCAGUUUAACCCACACCCCCACCCCAACUAAUAAUGUAGUACCACGGUGUGCCAAAUCUCAUUUAAGCAAUCUUCAGGGAUACAGACUUUUGUGUUUAUGUUUGAGUCGCCGAUCCACGCUCAGUCUCGGACUGGACGGACUGAUCUCCACCUCAUAUCCUCUCCAGCCCUGACACUCAAAGCCACACGGGGACAUCCUGACAGGCAGGGCUCUUCUUCCUGAGUGGCCAUUGGACAGCAGAUGUCAGCUGACUGUACACUGGAGGAGGGGGACAUGGUCCUGGAGGUAGGGGCGGGGCGGAGGGC